AUGAAGUAUGUUAAAAUGGCUGAUAUUUUUGGAGUAUAAUUUAAAUAAGAAAUACAUAAAGAUGAAAAACUUUAAAAAUCUGUUUUUGGAGGAGUAUUAUCAAUUAUAGUUACUUCAGUUAGUCUAGGUUACUUUAUAUAUAUAAUGGAUUAAUGGAGAAAUUCUAAUAUCCUACCAAAAUCAACAAAUAUCAUAAAGGCUGAAAACUAUUCAUCAAUAUAGUUUAGUAAUGAGAAUCUAUUCGAAUUAUGUUAUUGGAAGUACUAAGAGGAUAUAAUUGAUCCGUUCAGAACCACUGAUAAUAUUUUAAUGCCAAUAGGUAUAUAUGUUAUUGCUGGUAUCCCUUAAAAACCCUUUUCGCUAUUGAGUAACAUAACAACUCUAUCAACUUACAAUAGUAAUUUAUUUUAUGUAGAGAAUCUGAAUAUUAUUUAAAAUAGUGGAUUUAAUCCUUUGUUAAAUUAAACUAAAGAAUUGCUCAUUAUUAUUACAAAAUGUAAAUAAUACUUGCUUUCUGAAAAUUAAACAUGUGCAAGUGAAAAUGAAAUUGAAAACUUUUUCAUUUCAUAAACUAAUAUCUUGAGCUUUUGGAUAAAUACUAAGUAUUUCAAUUCAAAAAGCAGGAUUUUUGAUAUUGUAAAAAAAUAAUACUAUAUUUCGUUUGAGAAAGAAAGAGCAUAAUAAAUUUAAGUAAUAGUAAAACAAUAAAAUACCAUAAUCGAUUCAGGAAUAUUAUUUGGAGAUUUUGAAGAAAAAGAUUUUAUAUUUGAUGCUUAAUUUUUAAUUAGUACAAUAUCUAUUGACUUUUUUAAAAAAAUGAUUAAUAUGGAUUCAUAUUUAACAUUUACAAUAAGAUUAGAUCCUUUUUCUUAUGAUACCUAAAUAGUUUAUCCUAAAUUAGGUGAGGUUUUAGCUUAAGUAGGAUCAAUAGUUAGUAUGAUUAUGAUGGUAUAAUAUCUAGCAUAUUAUUACAAUGAAAAUCUAUUAGAAAACACUCUUGUAGAAGCAGUUUUAAAAAGUCUUGUAUUAAAUUAUGAUUCUCUCAAAAAAUCAUAAGAGAAAUCUUAAAGAAUUACUUAUAAUAAUUUGCAAAAAUUAGCAAAAUAAAAAUUAGUAUUUAUGAACAUAAUAAAUGAACUUUCACGAAUUGAAUUAUUUUUAUUGAGUUUUUAUGAUAGUAUCUAAAUUAGCAAAAUUUCAUAGUUAAAAUUUCAGAUAAAUAAUGAAGCUAAAUAGGAUUCCAUGGAGGGAAUAUUCUCAAUAUUAUCUAAUAAUAGUUAAAAUAUAAUAAAUGAAGAAGAGUUUAAAGAUUUGUUCAAUGCAUUUAUUUUUAACCCAAUAGAAACAAAGAAAAUUAUGAUUCAAGAAAAUAUCUAAUGA